CGACGAGGUCAGCGAGCUCGCUUCAAUAUUUCCCGCCACUUCGCGGGAACACAUGUUUUGGUAUUUACAAUCAUGACACACAUCGCUUACACGUAGCUACGACAUGCAUGCUGCAUGCACUCACAGUAAAAGUCAUCGCGUGUGUAUUGUGUAGUACAGUGAUGCAAAUACUUGUGCAGUUCAUUGCUUGACUGUCAUCCUACUAACUGUAUAUGUGACAGUGAGUGUAGCAUUUAUUUAGUUGAAGCUGAACUUUUCAAAAUUAAGAAGGCCUUGCAAUAAAGUUACAGUUCGUUCUUUAUCUUCACAUUUUUGAGCUGAGCAAGUCUCCAACCAACCAGGCCAAGUUCAGAUUUAAAAAUCUAAGUUCUAACUCUUAUUCAGUUUUGACCUGACUGAACAGCCGAGCCAACCACCAUGUGGGUGAUUGUAAGGACAUUUGAUGGCAAACAGACCAAAAGAAUUGAUGGAUUGUCAAAAUUGACAAAAAUUGAACAGUUUCGGGAAAAAUUGGUGGAAGAUUUCAGUGCACCAGUGGAUCGUCAACGCCUAUUCUUCAGUGGUAAAGAGCUCGUCAAUGGCCACACGCUCUUUGACUACAGCAUCAAUCUGAAUGCCACCAUCCAGUUGAUGAUUCGGACGUUACCCGUCCCUGAGGUCACAAAGGUCGCAGAAGUCGCUGAGGUCGAAGAUAAAGAUGGAGAUAAGGAGAGCGAAGGGAAACCGGAGAGUGGGUUUGGAUCCGAGACUAGUGAUUCUGAGAACUCAACGCCUCGGGAUGGUACUGCCACUGCCGAUGACGUAGAGGCUUCUACAAGUCAACUAAGAGGGCUCUUUAAGGUUGGAGAUGUUGUAGACGCUAUAGAUAUGAGCAUGGGAGCGUGGUUUGAGGCGGACAUUGUGAAAAUCACAGAGGAGGCUGAGGAAAGUAAUGAAACCAACAAUAACAAUGAAAGCGAGACCAAGGCUAAGAAUGAGAAAGACAUAGACCAGGUCCAGAAUAAGACUGUGAAACAGGACCAGGAUGGACCACCGGAAGACUCGGAAAAUGAUAAAAAUGUGCUAAAUGUUGACGCCGCCGACACUCCCAUGGACACGGAAUGCAAAGCAACAGAGAGAAUAUGUGGUUCGGACGAGACCAUUUCAAAUGAAGGGGGUAGUGGGGUCAACCAGUCGGGAGGGAUGCACGAUUCUCAUUGGACAAAGCACGAUGGAUUAGUAUACCACGUCAAGUAUGAAGGAUAUGAUGAAGAAGGUAUCGCCAAGAUCAGCAGCCGAAGUAUAAGACCCAGAGCUCGUACCAUGAUUGAAUACGACAAUGUAACCAUCGGUGACAUUGUCAUGGUGAAUUAUAAUUGUGACGAGCCGAAGCAGAGAGGGUAUUGGUACGACAUGGUCGUCAAAAAUAAGAAAGUGACAAGGUCGUACAAGGAGCUGACCGGGGACAUCCUUCUUGGUCCGAGUGGCGAUGUCUUGAAAGAUUGUAAGGCCCGUCUGACGGAAGAGAUCUUCAAAGUAGAGAGAGCGGGCGAUUCGACAUGUGAUGCUGCCACCAUCGAAGCAGAGGGAACUCCCGUCAAAAGAACGACAACCCCCAACUGCGUACACUGCAAGGACAACCCCCGUAGGAAGUGCAAACACUGCGCUUGUCAUGUGUGCGGUAGCAAGGAAGACGAAGAUAAGACGCUGCUGUGUGACGAGUGUGACAUGGCCUUCCAUAUAUACUGCCUGAAUCCCCCGAUGGAAUCAAUCCCUGAUGUCGAUGAAUGGUACUGCCCUCUUUGUAAAAAUGAUUCAUCAGAAAUCGUCAUGGCUGGAGAGAAGCUAAAAGCAAGCAAGAAGAAAGCCAGGAUGGCCUCGGCUACAUCCACAUCACAGAGGGACUGGGGGAAGGGUAUGGCUUGCCAGGGUAGAACUAAAGUCUGCACUAUAGUCCCACCCAAUCAUUUUGGUGCUGUUCCAGGUAUCCAUGUUGGACAAUUAUGGAAGUUCCGGGUGCAAGUGAGCGAAGCUGGAGUUCAUCGGCCUCACGUUGCUGGUAUUCACGGUCGAGAGUUCGAAGGAGCAUACUCUAUUGUACUUGCAGGAGGAUACGAAGAUGAUUUGGAUAAUGGUGAUGAGUUCUACUACACAGGUAGUGGAGGAAGGGAUUUGUCAGGUAACAAGCGUACGGCUGAGCAGUCACAUGAUCAAAAACUAUCCAAGAUGAAUCUUGCCCUUGCACGUAAUUGCAAUGCCUCCAUUGACAAGAGUAAAGGAAAUGAAGCGAAGGAUUGGAAGGCGGGAAAGCCUGUGAGAGUCGUCAGGAACGCCAAAGGCCGCAAGCAUUCCAAGUACGCACCCGAAGAUGGAAACAGAUACGACGGUAUCUACAAGAUUGUCAAGUACUGGCCCGAGAAGGGUAAGAGCGGUUUCUUGGUCUGGCGUUACCUGAUCAGAAGGGACGACCCUUCCCCCGCCCCAUGGAGCAAGGCCGGCAAGAAGAAGAUCAAUGAAUUAGGAUUGGAGAUGGAGUACCCCGAUGGCUACCUUGAAGUGAUGGCAGCAAAGGAAGCAGCGAAAGAAAAAGAGAAGAAAGGAUCUUCAGAGGAUGACGAUGAACAGGAAGAAAAGAAAUCGAAGAAGGGUAAAGGAAAGAAGAGGCAUCGAGAAGAAGAACCCGAAAAGCCAACUCCAAAGAAAACCAAGUUUGAGCUUAGUAAGGAAACGCAGAAGAUGAUCGAUGAAGAUGAACAAAACAAGUCACAUUGGAAGGCCAUCAUUGAAGAAUGCCAAGCUGGAAAGAAAUUCAUCACAGCCGUGGAGGAUACCUUCACUUGUAUCUGUUGCCAAGAGGUGGUCUAUCACCCUAUCUCAACACCUUGCUCACACAACAUCUGUAAGACCUGCCUGCAGCGAUCUUUCAAAGCCGAAAUCUUCUCCUGUCCUUAUUGCCGUUAUGAUCUCGGGAAAGGGUACAGUCUAAGCUACAACAAGAACCUACAGGUCAUUCUGAACAGCGUGUUUCCUGGUUACGAAGCUGGUCGCUAGGCAGCAUCUCAGUCUAUUCUUGGUCAGAAAUCAUCAGCUUGUCAUUCGGCUCUGGAGAAUUUCCUCAUCAACAUCUGAAUCUUCGUUUGAGAUUCCAGUAUCAUAAAAGAACUUACGAAAAUCAAAUUGACAAUUUAAAUAACAGAUGCUUAGCGGAAAAAGAGCUCUACUAAACAAUGCUUGCAUGUCACUUCAUAUACAAAAUGUCUGCAAAGAAAAGUCAACUUUAAUGUUGAUAUGUUGAAGAAUUUUAGAUUGUUUUGUGGUGUAUGUCUAUAUUUGACCUCAAGUGUGUUACCAUAAAUCGAUUUAUGAGACAUCUGCAAGAAAAGUUAAUUUUUAUAUUGAUAUAUGGAAGAAUUGAUGGUGUAAGUCUUUAUUUGAUCUCAGUAUAUUGGCAUCAAUCAAUGUAAACCAAAGCUCUUUGAGAUUUUCGCUACGCAUUAGGGCUCCGUGACACAAAAGGUUUGCUAUCAAUCGCUAAAUACCAAUGACCAAUCAAGAUCAUCGUUGCAUGCACACUCUGUUUAAAAUACUGACCGGGAGCCAAUCAGUGCGGCUCUUUCAUAUUUGCAAUUCAUCGCAAACCCUUGUCUUACGGAGCCCAGGACUUGUCACCAUGAUCAUCAUUUCAGCUCUUCAAACCAUUUUAUCCGCUCACUACUUACAUAUCAAAUCAUUAAUGUUGUGUCAUACGUGUAUUUUCUUCCAUCUUAUGUCUUGUCUUCCAUGUCAUUGUUUUGUAUUUUAACCAUGACUCGUGUUUGUUUUUCUUCAUCAUCUCUUGUUCAUCCAGUUUGUAAAUGAUGUUGAUCUUGUAAAUACCAUUGCUGCAUACGUCCCUGUCAUAAAGCUCAAAUUCCAACUGCCAACUUUCUGUCAUAUAUUGAAGAGAACAUUUUUUUUGUAAGCUCAAUUUAUUUUGACCCACAUAUUGCAAAAAAGAAUUUGGCACAUUUUAGAAUCUGACAAUUCCUCUGAUAUCAUAGAUGGUUACAAUGGCAUAUCGCUUAGGCAUAUUGGUGGUUAUUAUUGAUAAACAUCAAUUCUAUGUAAUGUGUGGGGCACAAACUCUUGAUAAUAGCUUUGAUAAAUGCAUUGGACCUUCAUCCAUUGUUGUUUAAAAGUGGAAAUGAUCUUCAUUUUUCCUAACAUUCCUUUUGUAGUCACUCUGUGGUCCAUGCUUUUCGCUAUCUUUUUUAGGACAUUUAUAUAUCUUUAAUACUUCUGUUUGAAAACAAUUGCUAGGCUUGUAAUUUACAGAAAAGGGAACUACUAUGUCAAAUUAUCUGAAAUAUGCAAAAUCUAUUUUCAUUGCUGUCCAUUGUCUCAGAGCUGAUGAUCUUACAUUCAUUAAUACUACGAAGCAUAAUGAAAUUACUGUUUUAUUUUUGUGUGUGUAAGUAGUCGUGUCUGGGUUGCAGGUAUGUCUUUCAUAAAGCUAUUCGUAAGUUAAGAGUGACUUUAAGAACGACUGGUGAUCCCUUCUUGCGGUAAGUUGUAUAUUGAAUUGGCUAUGGUUUCGCGCGUAAGAAAGGAUCACCAGUCGUUCUUAAAGUCGCUCUUAACUUACGAAUAGCUUUAUGAAACGGUACCCAGAUUAUCCAAAGGCUUAUUCUUUUAAAGACCAAAUUAUCAUCAUUAUCAAAUUUCAUCUGUGAAUACCAUUAGUUCUUUUAUCUCUUAUCUUUAAUGGGUAUGGCUGGCUGGAAAUAAUACAAUUUUAUUGAAAAGAGUAAAAUCAGGCAAAUGAUUCACUGAAAAUUUCAUCAAAAUAGAAUGAGGAAAAACAAGGUUAUGACAUUUUCAAGUUUUCAUUGUUCCUGUGAAACAGCACUACAGACAUUCCUACCCUUAUCUUUUUUAGAGUUUUUGUUCCUCUUUUUGCUAUAAAUACACCAAUACUCUGUGUGAUUUGUUACUUUUUUUUAAAUUUUAGAUCAUGGAGUGUGUAUUAUACACAGUGCGUGACAACAGCGCCGGUCCGACAGUCCCAGACCUGUAAAAAUCACUGUUGGGCCAGUAACUUGUUGCAUGAAAAGAACAAGUAAAUUCUUUCCUACCAUGUUUAAAACAGUGAAUUAUCAAGUUUUCAAGUAGAGUCAUUUCACAGGCUUUUCACCGAUCUCACUGCAAUGGGCUGGCAACUGUUACAUUGAGACAAAAUUUUAAAAACACUCUUUUCGGGGUGGGGGGGGGGUAAAAAAUACCUUUUUUUUCCUUGUAAGAAUACUUUUUUGGUUGUAGAAGGUUGGUAGUUCUGGGUCUAUGCAUGUCCUUGUGAGUAUGCAAUGAAUAUGCUUUUGUCAUCUCACCUUGUUAUUUACUGAAAUCUUUACAAGGGAGGCAUGUUCUAUGCAUUUCACAUACCUGAAAACAUGAAAUAAUUAUUUCAUGUAAUAAAAAAAAAGAAAAAGGAAAGUGUGGACAUGAUAUCAUUAGCCAACUUAUGGCAUAUUCGUGAUGGUAAUCAACUCUUGAGUCUUACCUGAAGACCUUUCUGUUCCCCACUCCAACAUCAUCGCAAGAAUAACUCAAUUGUAGCAUUACUAAGACAGUACUUGAACUGGAUGAGGAUUCUAAGCACUGUUUGAAGACAUUGAACUUUGUGAGAUAUUUCCUAUUUUGGAGCAAGCGCCAUGAGCGCCCAGCUGAGGCGGAUACCGGCGCUGCACAAGAAUCCAUCAUCAUUGGCAUGCAUUUAAUCGUUCUCACAAAUCAUGCUAAACUUAAAGAUUCAUUAAGUUUGUUAUUAGAUUUUGAUAAGAUUUUCAGUAUUUUGCUCUUGAAUUUUUUACUCUAUUUAGGGUAUUAUUUUCAGCCCAUAGUACCUCUUGAGUGCUAUCCAUCUUGAACAAGCUAGUAUAUAAUCAAAUCAUGUGUAAUCUAUAAUAGUUGAUAUAACAUACUCAUUUCAACCAGUUACUGCAGUUAAAAAAAAAACAAUGUCAGGAUUUCUUGUAUCAUAUAAAAGCUGUGCUUUGUGAUUGAAUUUUCUUGAACAUCAUUAAAUACACUUGCUUUGCUGCUGCUAUAUGUGUAUCGACUGAAACUGCCGAAAUAGUCGGGCCAUUGUACAUGAAUGCACAUGGAUACAUGCAACUCGUUUUAGUGUGAUAUCUUUUAUAUUUAGGGUAAACUUCAUUGCUUAAACCAUUCACUUAUAUUGAUAGUGUAUGCAGAAUUUCAUUUUACGCCAUAGUUUAUGUGAAUCUAUGCUUGAACAUGUAUCUGCAACUACCGUGCAUUGUGAACGUUUACUACUACCUCAAUAGCAUAUACU